CGGCCGCUGUGCGCUGCGGAAGGCCGUCCGGGCCCGCUGCUGACUCCGCGGCCGCGGCCGGGCCACGGUUCCGGGCGGACCCCGCCGGCGCAGCUCCCCGCCUCUCCCUGAGGAUGGACCCUGGAGACCCCGCCGGAGACCCCGCCGGAGAGCCUGCCCCUGGAGACCCAUCUGGUGACGCUGCUGGUGGUGAGUGUGUCCCCACAGGCUGGGACCCACUCCUGUUCCUGCAGACCCUGCAGACGCUGUGGUCCACGCGGGAGCUGGGACAGCUCCGGGAGGAGGCCUGGAGGAGGUUCUCUGCCCUGGAUAACCCGCUUGCGGCCCUCCUGGACCUGCUGGACCUGGACGGUGGCCAGAGCUGGCGGGGGAAGGGCCCCUCCCUGGAGGCCUGGGUCACCCGCGAGCUGAAGCGCUGGCUGCAGGCACGGCCGCAUCCAGGGCCCGCCCAGGACAGCCCAGCGCUGAAGCAGCUGCAGGCCCGCGCAGUCCAGCUCCUCGCCCGGAGCCCCCCAAGCCUCGUGGAGCCGCUGGUCAGCAUCUUCCAGCUGCAGGACGCAGACCGGGGCCCCCUGCUGGCUCACGUCCGCUGGCUGCACCAGGAGGGCAAGUUCAAAGAAGCCAUCGUGCUGGGCACGAAGCUGCAGUUGCAGGCAGACCUCGAUGUGGAGCAGAUGUGCGUCCCCCUGCUCCUCCAGGACAAGGCGGACCUCGUGGAGCGCUACGUGCAUGGCUUCCCCGACCUCCAGCGCAGGCUGCUGGCCCUCAUGGACGCCUGGUGCCAGCCCGGCUUUGACGUCAGGGUCGUCGCCAGACAGUACCCACGGGCGACCUUGAGGCUAGAGAGGCUGAGCCCCAGAGCCCUCGGUCGGCACGUCCUGCGGCUGCUGGAGAAGCACAGCCUGGACCCUGCCCUGUGUCCCAACGUCAUCACCCAGCAGCGCCUGGCGGCCCUGCGGUACCUGUGCUACAAGCGGCUGGUGGAGAGAAGCAUAUCUCGGGAGAGCUGGGCCGAGCACGUGCAGGGCCUGGUGGGGCAGGACGCGUGGCUGCAGGAGCAGCUGCUGCAGCUGCUGGCCUCUCAGGACGACGUGGCCAUGGUCGCCCAGUGUGCCCUGGACCUCUCGCUGCCCCAGGAGCGACUCCCAGCCACGGUGGCCGCAGAGCUGGACCGACUCAGGCUCCAGGAGAGGACGCCUGAGGCACCUUUGGAGGACGGGAAGGGUGAUUACUACCAGCUGCCCAUCUCCAGGGAGGACAUCCACUUCCUGGCCUCGUGGGAGGACCUGGCCAGGCACCAGGAGGAGAUCCUCCAGCCCGGCCGGGUGGUCGGCAUGGACCUGGAGUGGAGGCCCUCGUUUGGCGCGGGGGGCCGGCCCCAGGCAUCGCUUAUGCAGGUGGCCGUGGAGGGCCGCGUGUUCCUGCUGGACCUGCCCCGGCUCUCGAGUCCGGCAGGAGGGCAGGCGCCCCGGGCCUUCUCCCAGCUGGUGUCCCGGCUGCUCUCGGACCCCUCCGUCACCAAGCUGGGUUACGGGAUGGCGGGGGACCUGCGAAGCCUGGGCGCCUCCUGCCCAGCCCUGGCCCAGGCCGAGCAGCAGCUGCAGGGCACCCUGGACCUGAUGCAGGUGCACCGGCAGAUGCGGGUGGCAGACGGGCCAGCCCCAGGUGUGGAUGGGGCCGCGGGGCCCCGGGGCCUCAGCCUUCUGGUGCAGCAGGUGCUGGGCAAGCCUCUGGACAAGACACAGCAGCUCUCCAACUGGAACCGGCGGCCGCUGAGCGAGGGGCAGCUGGUCUACGCAGCCGCUGACGCCUACUGCCUGCUGGAGGUGUACUGGGCGCUGUGCAGAGAGCCUGCCCGCUUCCACCUGUCGCGGGACCUAACCCGGAGCCUGCGGCUGGGUCGCAGCGAGAGACAGGGGGCUCAGGAGCCGCCCCCCUUUCAGAAGGCCUCGGCCUCACCCCGGCAGGUGUCCGCGGGCGAGGACGCGGCCCCCGGGAUCCCGGCCAGGGCCUUCCGCGUGGUGUGUGACAGCAUGCUGCAGGGGCUGGCGCGGAGCCUCCGCUGCCUGGGCAUCGACGUGCUGGUGCUGGCCACGGGCGAGGACCACCGCAGGGCCGCCGAGGGAGUCGCAGAUGUGAUACACUCGUCAGCUGACCCCAGAGUCGAUGACCUUGUGUUAUUUGGGUGCCUGGUGUCAUCGCAUGAGCCCUUAACAGCGGGAGCGGAAGGCAGACGUCAGACUCAGAGCACAGGAAAGACGCGCUGUGCGUUGCUGCUUGGAACGGCCGCCGGUCGAGGAGACGGGCCUCCGUCUGCAGCCCCGGGACUGGAUGCAGCGGCCCGUCCCCGGAGUCCAGUGUGCAAGCCCCGGAGCCCGGCCGCUCCCAUUGCACGGAGCUGUGUCUGAGUUCACGCUUCAGUGGCUGCGGCCACGUUGGAGAACUCAGGCUCCCGGAGCACAGGGCUGCCUCAGACGCGGCCGCAGCAGGAGGAAGUGCCGUCCUCCAAGUGCCGCGGGCGCUGAGCAUCUUUUCACACGCUCGCCGGCUGCUGGUGCCCCGGACUGCAAGGUGCCCGCGCAGAAGGCAGCAGGUCUGACGCGGGCCUUGGAGGGCCCGCUGGCACGGUUGGUCCGGCCAGUAAACAGCUGAUGGGAAACUUUCCCCGCGUGGUGGGAGUGGCUCACUGCGCCCCAGCUGUCCAGACAGUGUGGUCCGCGUGGACGCCUGCUUUCCUUCCAGGAUGCAGAGGGCGCCGGGGCGACCAGACCCCAGCGCACACCCCAGGUGCUGAGUCACUGACAGGUCCGCCUGGCGACGGGUGGCGGCGCAGGCCCACCCGCCGGGCGGGCUCCGGGACCUCAGUGGGCUCCCCUGCACUUCACCCGGGUCUUUCCCCAGGCUGGCUCUGUUGUGUGUCCCCCGGCUGAGUGCCGAGUCCUUCCGGCCAGUCCCGGACCUGGGGGGUGCUGCUGCCACUCUGUCCUGCCCUCCCCCCCCCCCCCCGGCCGCGCAGUUCAUCUUGGCACCUGCAGGGGGAGCCCCACCGCGCUCGCCCUCCGCCUUCCUGAGACGGUCUGGGGCCUGCCCCUCAGAGGGCUUUGCGUGGGGCUCCCUGACGCUGUGAGCCAGGGUGGGGGCAGUGACGCGUGGCGGCGUCCGGUCAGGGGUCGGUCCGUGUUGCUCUCACUCUUCUCUGAGAGUCCACGCACGUGUCCUAAGCUGUCCACGAAGCCCCGCUGCAUCUGCGAGGUCUCACCCAGGAACCUCCUGCUUUGUUGCCUCGACACAUGGUGCUGCUUUGUUUUCCUCUAACGCACAGAACUGCAGUGGACCUUUCGCUCUUAGCUGCCUGAGAACCGAUCUCACACCUGGAAACCUCGCAAAAGUCUCCUAAAUUCUACUGAAUUGACUGUCCACUCUUGGGGUUCUCUUUGUGGACGUCAUCUGAGACGAGGAUGGUUUCACCCCUUCCUCUCCGUCUUUAUGCAUCUAACUUCUUUCCCUUAUCCCGUCACAGUGGCCGAGGCCUGCAAGGCAGGGUUGACUUGGUGGUGACCGUGGCCGUUUGUCUCGGUUCUGACUUACCAGGGGAUGUUUCUCCACAAAGCGCCGUGGCUGCCAGCCCCCCACCCCAGGCUGGGGAGGCUUCCCGGGCGCCACGUCUGCCGUGUGUUUUAUCGGGAAGGAAGCUGCGUGCCCCCUGCUGCUUCCCCUGCAUCCUCUGAGAGCAUCCCUGCAGCCCGGGCACGUGAGGCACCUUCUCAGUCUGGAGCCGACCUUGCUUCCCAGCUGAACCCAGCCCGGCCCACGUGUCACGUGGCUGGAUCUGUCUUCAGGACCGCAUCUGACAGAGAACGUCUCCUCCUCACCCCUUCUCUUCCACCUCAUGAACAAGCUGGGGCGUUUCCCUCCUCUCUUUCUGCCGCUUCGAGUAGUAUCAGGAUUAUCCUGCCAAACGCUGGCCCACUCCCCACAAGGCCUCCUCAGCCUGUGUUUCGGGGGGAGGAGUUUCCAGGAGUUUCUGCUUUUUUAUUCAGUGGUUUUAGGACUACUUAGUUGUGUGCAUCUUCUUGAGUCGCUUGGUAAUCCAUGCUUUUUUCUGGACGUGCCCAUUUCACGCGGUGUUUCCCACGCGUGGCAGUGUCGUGUCACGCUCUGCCGUGGAAGCUCCGUGGACCCGCAGGUGGUCAGCUUCAUUCCGACUGCUGCUCACUCAUGCUCGCCUUUUUUCUGGUCUUAGAGAGGUUUGUCAGUUUACUAAGUCUUUUCAAAAAACUAGCAUUUGGCUUUGUUGAUCCUUUCUAUUGCAUUUUUGUGUUUUUUAUCUCAUUAAUUUCUCCUCUUAUCUUUAUAGUUUCCUUCCUUUUGCUUGCUUGGGGUUAUUUCCAAGUGGAGUGCUCAGCUCUUUAAUUUUCAGCCUUUUAAAUUUUAUGAUGUAAACAUUCAAGACAGUAAAUUUUUCUUGAAGUACUGUUUUCACUGCAUUCCAUCCAUUUUAAUGUGCAGUAUUUUCAUUACUUUUUAGUUCUAAUAAUUUUUGAGUGUCUGUUAUAAUUACUUAUUUGACUUGAAUUCUUUAAAAGGCUUUUUUCAGUUUCGGAAAGCUUGGGGUUUGGGAGCCUUUCAGUUAUGUUUCAAAACUCGAUUUCUAAGCUAACUGAACACCUAACUGCCGAUUUAGAUAUUUGUGGAGACUUGCUGUGUAGCUGAGCAGAUGAUCCUUUUUAUAAAUGUUCCAUGUGGACUUUAAAAGGACACUGUAUCCUCCAGCCAUAUUCACUUCCCUCUCUUGCUCUCGCAUGCUCCAUAGGUCAAGCUUACUUAAUGUUUGCUCAAAUCAUCUGUAUCUUGUUUGGUUAUUUUUCUUCCUGUUUCUGUCAAAGGCCAGGAGAGCUGUACUGAAGUCUCCUAUGACAGUGGGCUCAUCAGGUUCUCCUGGUAGUCAUGUCAAUAUUUGCUUUGGAAUGAAUUGGGAGAUUGGGAUUUCAAUAUACAUUACUAAUAAGAAAAAAAAUACCAAGUUGUACACUCUAAAUAUAUGCAGUUUAUUGUAUGUUAACUGUAUCUCAAUAAAAGUUC